AUGAAGUACCACAUUUGGAAGCUUGGAGUGGUUUUUACUGACAAUUCAUUCCUUUACCUUGCCUGGUACACAACCAUGUCAAUACUUGGACACUACAACAACUUCUUCUUUGCAGCUCAUCUCCUGGACAUUGCAAUGGGCUUCAAGACCCUAAGAACUAUUCUCUCCUCAGUAACCCACAAUGGAAAACAGCUGGUGCUCACAGUCGGUCUUCUGGCUGUAGUUGUUUAUCUCUAUACUGUUGUGGCCUUCAACUUCUUCCGAAAAUUUUAUAACAAAAGUGAAGAUGAAGAUGACCCUGAUAUGAAAUGUGAUGACAUGAUGACGUGUUAUCUGUUCCACAUGUAUGUGGGAGUGAGAGCUGGAGGUGGAAUUGGAGAUGAGAUUGAGGACCCUGCCGGUGACCCUUACGAGAUGUAUCGUAUUGUGUUUGACAUCACCUUCUUCUUCUUUGUUAUCGUCAUACUUCUGGCCAUUAUUCAAGGUUUGAUCAUUGAUGCUUUUGGAGAGCUGAGAGAUCAACAGGAACAAGUGAGGGAAGACAUGGAGACGAAAUGUUUCAUCUGUGGAAUCGGAAAUGAUUACUUUGACACGACUCCGCAUGGCUUUGAAACGCACACCUUACAAGAGCACAAUUUGGCCAACUAUCUG